UGAAAUCCUCGAUUUGAAAUCCAUAUGCUGUAUAAUUACGAGGGAAAUCCGCACCCUCUGAAUCACUGUAGCUAUGAGGUCACUGGGAAUUCCCCGGUCUAUAAAUGGCAUUCUGGGAAAACCCAGUAUGCCGAAAUGUACACCCUGUACUGAAUGUGAUAUAUAUUGCGUAUGUACGUACAGUACGUAUUCGACACCAAAUCUAUGCCGCUGUCGUAGCUGAAAAAAGUCGUCUAAAAACCUGCAAAAUCUGCUGUUUUUGUAAACCAAGAAGACAACCCACGGUCAGCAAGAAUGGAGGAGCAGAAAUUUAUUGUGAAGGAUAGCAUGCCUUUGUUUAUAAACGAAAGCGUGAACACCAUCGAGUUGUGCCUGGGUGACAUCAGUGAACUGGAUAUGCGCAACAAGGUUGAAAUGCUGCUGAUAUCCGCUCUACCGGGUGGCUAUGACACACCUGCGGGCACUGUCAUGCACUCCCUGCUUGCGAACCUCAAUGUCAGCGUGGCAGACCUGGCCAAGAACAAGGAGGUCGACAAGAGGGACACCCACAAGUGCUGGUGGUCCAAGCCAAUCCAGCAGCCUGACGUGCCCUUUGACAGACUCAUGUGCUAUGAAUCUGGUGGGGGCCAAGCAGCUGCGGCGGAAUUUACCAACACUACGUUCAGCUGUCUGAAGGAGAUCUACCAGAAGAAAGAUUUCAAGCUUGUGACUUCUCUACUCAACACAGGACAGCAGAAAAUGGACGAAGUUGUCAUGCUGGAGGCCAUUGUGGAGGCGGCAAUUCUUGCCAUGAAGGACGGCCUGAACCUCCGCCAGCUCAUGAUCUUCAUCAACGCCGAUUAUAAGGGCGAGGCCAACUUCACGUCCAAAGUGCGCGACUUCGAAGGGAUCUGCACCAAGUUUGAGCAGCUGAAGCUGCAGCAUACCGCCAUCUAAAGUAUGCUGAAAGAGAUUUAUUGUGUCGUAAUUUGAAAAACCCCAGUAGAAAAUCUCAUCUGGAUGACGUCAGGUAGAAAAGCCUGUAUCGCGUAUCAUAUCAGCCACUUAUUUUCUGAAUCACAAGCAUUUUAAUACCUGUUUAUUAUAGACUUAAUAACCAAACGGUAGAAACAUAAUAUACACGACUGAUCAAUGAAUCAAAUCAGGUCAGCAUUUGUAUACAUACACACCAUGUGUUUUUACAUCUAAAUUCAAGUUAGGUGUGUUUUUAUAUACAUUUUGAAGAAACUUCAUAAUGAGGGGUUGAUUUAUAAUGGAUAAUUAUUCCGUGCUAAAUUACCCAGAGGUUUGACAUUCUUUUGCCCGACUCAACUUAAGAUGAAACUUUUAAAAGAAUACAGUGACUCCUUCAUAUCCAGAGACAAACCAUCAACCUUGGAAAAAAUACCGUAAUGUUUAAACUUAACUAUUCUUGUUUGCAGUGCAUGUGUAUAUCUUUCAAUGAUGCCCCAUAUAGGUUCUGCUGAUUAUACUCUUCUUGGUUUGUUUUUGUCUUGUCCUUUUUGUAUUGGUCCUUUGUCUCUGCAUGUGCAACUUAAAGUUUACUUUAUGUGAAGCUGAGGAACUAGUUUAAUAAGUAUUAAUCAUGAUACAUAUAUUUCUUUCUACUUGCUUUUUUAAAGAAGCCCCCCCCCCGCUUAAUCUCAUCUGUUUAUUUAAAUCUUUGUCUUAAACUUUCCUGUUCACAUUGAUGAACUAAAAAUAAAUAUGAAUUUUAAUGCAAUAAAUAUUAUUAUACACGCUGUUGAUUGUGUUGCUGCUCCGUGCUGAGGUUAAUUAGACCAGUCAAAAAAUGAAUGAUGAAACCAGGGAAGAUCAAAAUAAGAAGGUAGCACCUCAUGGGAAAAUGUAAGACGAACCGUGGGAAGACAUCUGAGGAAAUAACCUCAAAACUAUACAAUGUUGGAUGCAGUGGAUCGUAAUGCUCUAUUCAGUUUUUAAUCUUUGUCUUUUCAAUCAUCGUCGCCCAUUAUUUUUUGAAGUAUGUAUCAGACAUCGUUAUUUGAGCCACAUCAAGACUGCUUCAACAUAAUUAUGAAAGCAAACCAGACGAGGGAUGUGGUUCUGGAACAUCUUUUAAAUAAAUCUUGUGUUUUAUUUUAUAAUUUGAAAAUGUAUGUAUUUUACAUUGUUUAAAAAAUAUCGGUUCUUUAAGUGAAAUGUUCAGUUACCAUAAUGUAAGAUUUUUGGUGAUGCUUAAUAUAGAGUUCAGUUAAUAGUCCUUGCUUCAAUUGUUUUCAGAAAUAUAAAUAAUUAGUGAUAAAGAUUAACAUUUCAACUC